AGAGCUCAGCACAGCGCUGCGCGGCGAGAGCCAGUCUCGAGGCACCCACCGACGGGCGCAGCGGGAGCGGGAGCGAGAGGAAUCGGGAGGCGCGCUCGGGGCAGAGAGAAAGCAGAGCCGGGCCGGCGCCCUCCCCGUGUCCCUGCUCCUGCUCCGCGCCCCUCUGGCCAGCAUGAGGCUCCUUGCGGCAGCUCUACUCCUAAUGCUCUUGGCGCUAUGCGCCGCGGGUGUGGACGGGUCCAAAUGCAAGUGCUCCCGGAAGGGGCCCAAGAUCCGCUACAGCGACGUGAAGAAGCUGGAAAUGAAGCCAAAGUACCCGCACUGCGAGGAGAAGAUGGUUAUCAUCACCACCAAAAGUGUGUCACGGUACCGGGGUCAGGAGCACUGCCUGCACCCCAAGCUGCAGAGCACCAAGCGGUUCAUCAAGUGGUACAAUGCCUGGAACGAGAAGCGCAGGGUUUACGAAGAAUAGGGUGAAAAACCCUUGAUGGGAAAACUUCAUACCGGUUGGGAGACAGCAAAGGACUUUGCAGAUUAAAAAAACAAACCCUUUCUUUCUCGCAGGCAUAAGGCACAAAUUAUAUAUUGUUACGAAGCACUUUUUACGAAGGGCCACUUUCUACAUUUUAUAGCUGUGUGCAAAAGGCUUCCAGAUGUGAAACCCGUCUCUCUUGCACUCCAGGCUUCAUCGCAGGCUGCUUUUUACUGAAAAGCGGGAAACUCAUGCCUUUCCUUUAUAAAAAGAAAAAAAAUGCUUUUUUGUAUUUGUCCAGACAUCACUAUACAUCUGAGCUUUAUAAGCACCUGGGAGGAACGAGGAGCUUGGUUGAGAUAUUUCACAGCCGCACCGCUCCACUCCUAGCGCAGGGAGCUUCCGCUCUGAGGCCCUGGCGCCCCGGCACCGCUGCCACGGGCUCUCCUGGGCUCAGGGUCAGUCGCGGCCUCGGAGGGCUCUGUAGCGGCCCCAGACUCUGGCCAAGGAGGAGCAGAUCUCUCUGCAUCUGUUCUUUUAUGAACCUGAGUUUGUCUGCCAGAGAAAUGUGCUCAUCCCUCUGGUUAAUUUUUACACACUCCAGGAAACAUGUCCAAGAGCCCGGGAUAGCAGGGCAAACAGUGCUUAAGGAAGGGUUUGGGUCUUCUCUCCCCCCAAGGGUGUGUGAACGGUCACCGCUUCAAUAGUUAAUAUUUUAGAAGCACAUGACGUUCCUGACACUGUUAGCAAAACCCUUAGGAGAAAACUUAAAAAUAUAUGAAGACAUACACAGUAUACAGCUACAGACAUGUAUUCUACUGAUGAAGGAGGACCUUCAAAGUAUGUUUCUUUCCCUCAUCACAAUGGAACACACAGCAAUCCAUGUGCGAUCCCCAUGUAAUUUUUCAAUGUUAAACAGUGCAGCCCCCUUCUGGAGCUACAUUGGCCAUGCGCCCUUUCCGUGUAAAUAUGCCCCCUGCUCACACGGCCCCUUCAGCAUAUGCCGCAUUGUACUGCUGUGUCAUGUGCUCUCUAAGUGUCAGAAACUGUUAGUGUUGCAUGCAGGUUUCAUAUUCUUUCUAAGACAAAAAGAAAAGUAAUAAAAUAUAUUUGAAAUG